AUGGCUCACGCAGCAUCUCAGAUCAAGAAAAACAGAGAUUUAGAACUUAACCCUGAAGAAGAAACUGAGAAAAAGAGGAAACACAGGAAAAGAUCCAAGGAUCGGAAGAAGAAGUCUGACACCAACGCAAGUUACCUUCGUGCUGCCCGGGCAGGAAACUUGGAAAAGGCUCUUGAUUAUUUAAAAAGUGGAGUGGACAUCAACAUUUGCAAUCAGAAUGGGUUGAACGCUCUCCAUCUCGCCUCCAAAGAAGGUCAUGUAGAAGUUGUUUCAGAACUGAUACAGAGAGGCGCCAAUUUGGAAGCAGCAACCAAGAAAGGAAACACAGCUUUGCACAUAGCGUCUCUGGCCGGGCAGACCGAGGUGGUGAAGGUGCUGGCUACAAAUGGAGCCAAUGUCAACGCGCAGUCUCAGAAUGGCUUCACACCCUUGUAUAUGGCAGCCCAAGAAAACCACCUCGAAGUGGUUAAGUUUCUUCUGGAUAAUGGAGGAAGUCAGAGUCUUGCCACAGAGGAUGGCUUCACACCGUUGGCCGUAGCUCUUCAACAGGGCCAUGACCAGGUGGUUUCCUUGUUGCUUGAAAACGAUACGAAAGGGAAAGUCCGUCUUCCGGCUCUCCACAUCGCUGCACGCAAGGAUGACACCAAGGCAGCUGCACUCCUGCUCCAGAACGACCACAAUGCGGACGUGGAGUCCAAGAGUGGUUUCACUCCCCUCCACAUAGCUGCCCACUAUGGAAAUAUCAAUGUAGCGACGCUCCUUUUAAAUCGUGGUGCUGCUGUGGACUUCACUGCAAGGAACGAUAUCACUCCAUUACACGUCGCUUCGAAGAGAGGGAAUACCAACAUGGUUAAGCUGCUACUCGACCGAGGAGCAAAAAUCGAUGCCAAAACAAGGGAUGGGCUGACACCUCUCCACUGUGGGGCACGAAGUGGCCACGAGCAAGUUGUGCGGAUGCUGCUCGAUCGGGGAGCUCCUAUUCUUUCCAAAACAAAGAAUGGCUUGUCUCCACUGCACAUGGCAACACAAGGGGAUCACCUCAACUGUGUCCAGCUCCUGAUCGAGCACAACGUCCCGGUAGACGACGUCACGAACGACUAUUUGACGGCGCUGCACGUGGCUGCCCACUGUGGCCACUACAAAGUUGCAAAGGUUUUGCUGGACAAGAAAGCCAACCCCAAUGCCAAAGCACUGAAUGGUUUCACACCUCUCCACAUUGCCUGCAAAAAGAACAGAAUUAAAGUGAUGGAACUUUUGCUGAGACAUGGAGCAUCUAUCCAAGCUGUCACUGAGUCUGGUUUGACUCCCAUCCAUGUCGCUGCCUUCAUGGGACAUGUAAAUAUCGUUUCGCAGCUGAUGCAUCAUGGAGCAUCGCCCAACACAACCAAUGUGAGAGGGGAGACCGCGCUCCACAUGGCUGCCCGAGCUGGUCAAUCAGAAGUUGUUCGAUACUUAGUCCAGAAUGGAGCUCAGGUAGAAGCGAAAGCCAAGGACGAACAAACACCGCUGCACAUCUCAGCUCGACUGGGCAAAGCUGACAUCGUGCAGCAGCUGCUACAGCAGGGAGCUUCUCCAAACGCAGCCACGACUUCGGGGUAUACGCCAUUGCACCUUUCGGCACGAGAAGGACACGAAGAUGUCGCCUCGGUGCUUUUGGAGCACGGGGCGUCCUUAGGUAUAACUACCAAGAAAGGAUUUACUCCUCUGCAUGUGGCAGCCAAGUAUGGCAAAAUUGAAGUAGCCAACCUCCUGCUUCAGAAGAACGCAUCGCCUGAUGCUGCUGGAAAGAGUGGUUUAACUCCACUGCAUGUUGCGGCACAUUACGAUAAUCAGAAAGUGGCACUUCUGCUCUUGGACCAGGGAGCUUCACCUCACGCCUCUGCAAAGAAUGGUUACACCCCACUGCACAUAGCGGCCAAGAAGAACCAGAUGGACAUAGCGACCACGUUGCUGGAAUAUGGUGCUGAUGCAAAUGCUGUGACCAGGCAGGGCAUUGCUCCCGUCCACCUCGCGUCCCAGGAGGGCCACGUAGACAUGGUGUCACUGCUUCUCACCAGAAACGCCAAUGUGAAUCUUAGCAACAAGAGUGGCCUGACUCCGCUUCAUCUCGCUGCGCAAGAGGACCGCGUCAAUGUUGCAGAGGUCCUCGUGAACCAGGGUGCGGUUGUGGAUGUUCAGACCAAGAUGGGCUACACUCCAUUACACGUUGGCUGCCACUAUGGGAACAUUAAGAUCGUGAAUUUCCUCUUGCAGCAGUUUGCAAAGGCUAAUGCCAAAACGAAGAACGGCUACACCCCGUUGCACCAAGCGGCUCAGCAGGGCCACACGCACAUUAUCAACGUCCUGCUCCAGAACGGCGCAUCACCCAAUGAACUUACUGUGAAUGGGAAUACUGCCCUUGCCAUUGCCAAACGACUUGGCUACAUUUCUGUUGUUGACACACUAAAGGUAGUGACAGAAGAGACCAUGACGACAAUUACUGUCACAGAAAAGCAUAAAAUGAAUGUACCAGAAACAAUGAAUGAAGUUUUAGACAUGUCUGAUGAUGAAGUUCGUAAAGCGAAUGCCCCAGAAAUUCUCAGUGAUGGUGAAUAUAUUUCAGAUGUUGAAGAAGGUGAAGAUGCCAUGACAGGAGACACAGACAAAUAUCUUGGGCCACAAGAUCUAAAAGAACUGGGAGAUGAUUCUUUGCCUGCAGAAGGAUACAUGGGCUUCAGCCUAGGUGCCCGUUCGGCCAGCCUCCGCUCCUUCAGUUCGGAUAGGUCCUACACUUUGAACAGAAGUUCUUACGCCCGGGACAGCAUGAUGAUCGAAGAGCUGCUGGUGCCAUCCAAGGAUCCGCACCUGACCUUCCCCAGAGAAUUUGAUUCUGAUUCGCUCAGGCACUAUAGCUGGGCAGCAGAUACCUUGGACAAUGUCAAUCUUGUCUCCAGCCCCGUCCAUUCCGGCUUUCUGGUUAGUUUCAUGGUUGAUGCACGUGGGGGUUCAAUGAGGGGCAGCCGUCAUCAUGGCAUGAGGAUCAUUAUUCCGCCGCGUAAAUGCACAGCACCCACCCGCAUCACCUGCCGCUUGGUGAAGAGGCAUAAACUGGCCAGCCCUCCACCCAUGGUUGAAGGAGAAGGAUUGGCUAGUAGGCUGGUGGAAAUGGGGCCGUCGGGUGCACAGUUCCUAGGUCCUGUAAUAGUGGAAAUCCCUCAUUUUGGAUCAAUGCGAGGAAAGGAAAGGGAACUGAUUGUGCUCCGAAGUGAAAAUGGUGAAACAUGGAAGGAACAUCAGUAUGACAGCCGGCAUGAAAACCUUACAGAAAUACUGAAUGGCAUGAAUGAAGAGCUGGACAGCCCUGAAGAACUGGAAAAGAAGCGUAUCUGCAGAAUUGUCACGAAGGACUUCCCCCAGUACUUUGCCGUGGUUUCGCGAAUUAAGCAGGAGAGCAACCAGAUUGGUCCAGAGGGUGGACUUCUGAGCAGCACGACUGUGCCUCGUGUCCAGGCCUCUUUCCCCGAAGGAGCAUUGACCAAAAGGAUACGAGUAGGCCUUCAGGCACAACCCGUUCCUGAUGAAACGGUCAAGAAAAUCCUCGGCAAUAAAGCAACGUUCAGCCCCAUCGUCACCGUGGAACCACGAAGAAGGAAAUUCCAUAAGCCGAUCACCAUGACCAUCCCUGUGCCGCCCCCGUCAGGGGAAGGGAUAACUAACGGAUACAAAGGCGACACAACGCCCAGCCUUCGCCUGCUGUGUAGCAUUACAGGAGGGACUUCACCGGCCCAGUGGGAAGACAUCACAGGAACCACACCGCUGACCUUUGUAAAUGACUGUGUCUCUUUCACAACCAACGUUUCAGCCAGGUUUUGGCUAGCAGACUGCCAUCAAGUUCUCGAAACUGUUGGGCUUGCCACACAGCUUUAUAGAGAAUUAAUAUGUGUUCCAUACAUGGCCAAGUUUGUCAUUUUUGCCAAAAUGAAUGAUGCUGUGGAAUCUAAUCUGCGUUGCUUCUGCAUGACGGAUGAUAAAGUUGACAAAACUUUGGAGCAGCAAGAGAAUUUUGAAGAAGUUGCAAGAAGUAAAGAUAUUGAGGUUUUGGAAGGAAAACCCAUCUAUGUGGAUUGCUAUGGGAAUCUAGCCCCUUUGACAAAAGGAGGACAGCAGCUAGUAUUUAAUUUUUAUGCUUUCAAAGAAAAUAGACUGCCAUUUUCUAUUAAGAUUAGAGACACCAGCCAAGAACCUUGUGGUCGUUUAUCAUUUCUGAAAGAACCAAAGACUACGAAGGGGCUGCCACAGACAGCAGUUUGCAACUUGAAUAUCACUCUGCCAGCACACAAAAAGGAAACAGAGUCAGAUCAAGAUGAUGAGACGGAGAAAACAGAACGGCGGCAGAACUUUGUCUCCCUUGCUUUACGUAAGCGCUACAGCUAUCUGACUGAGCCUGGAAUGAAAACGGUUGAACGAAGUGCAGGAGCAACAAGAUCCUUACCUACUACCUAUUCAUACAAGCCCUUCUUUUCAGCAAGACCAUAUCAGUCAUGGACAACUGCACCAAUUACUGUGCCUGGGCAAACCAAGUCCGGCUUCGCUUCCCUGUCAAGCUCUUCCUCUAACACUCCAACAGCUUCCCCAUUAAAAUCAAUAUGGUCUGUUUCUUCUGCUUCACCAAUCAAAUCCACAUUAGGAGCCUCCACUACAUCUUCCGUUAAAUCCGUUAGCGAUGUAGCUUCUCCAAUUAGAUCAUUUCGGACAAUCUCCUCACCAAUAAAAACCGUGGUCUCGCAGUCUCCAUAUAAUAUCCAAGUCUCUUCUGGGUCUUUCGUCAGAGCUCCCACAGUUACAGAAGCCACUAAUCUGAAAGGGCUGGUAACCACGUCCACAUUCCCCUCUCGGACAUCUCCAGUGACUACAGCUGGGUCUCUUUUGGAGAGAUCAUCCAUUACCAUGACGCCUCCAGCAUCUCCCAAAUCGAACAUUAACAUGUACUCUUCAAGUUUGCCAUUUAAGUCAAUCAUCACAUCAGCAUCACCGCUUUUAACUUCACCUUUAAAAUCCGUGGUGUCUCCUGCUAAGUCAGCAGUUGAUGCUGUUUCAUCAUCUAAAGUCACGGUGGCUUCAUCCCUUGCAUCCCCUGUGAAACACACAGUCGGGCAUCCCGAGGUAGCCAUGGUUAACGGAUCCAUAUCACCUUUGAAAUAUCCGUCCCCUGCCAGUUUAAUCAAUGGGUCCAAGGCCACCGCCACCUUUCAAGACAAGAUUACUGCAGCAACCAGUUCUGCAAGUAGUGCUGUUAAUGCAGCCACUGAUGCAGUUGAGAAAAUAUUUUCAGCCACUCCUGCAGUGCCAUUUUCUCCACUCAGGUCGCAUGUGUCUCCAACUCCAUCAGCCUUUCAGUCAAUAAGAACUCCUCCUGCAGGUGUACUGUACACAUCUCUCGGGGCAAUAUCAGCAACUACCUCGUCAGUAACUUCAUCAACAAUCACAGUGCCAGUAUAUUCUGUAGUCAAUGUUUUGUCUGAACCAGCGCUAAAGAACCUCCCAGAGUCAUCCUCCCUUACAAAAUCGGCAGCUGCGUUGCUCUCUCCUAUUAAAACAUUGACUACAGAGACACGCCCACAGCCUCACUUUAACCGAACCUCAUCUCCUAUAAAAUCAUCCUUGUUUUUAGCACCCUCUGCUCUUAAGUUGUCCACGCCAACUUCUUUAUCUUCUAGUCAGGAGAUACUAAAAGAUGUGGCUGAGAUGAAAGAGGACCUAAUAAGAAUGACAGCGAUAUUGCAGACAGAUGUAAUGGAGGACAAGGCCUUCCAGCCAGAACUAACCAAGGAGGGUAGAAUAGAUGAUGAAGAACCCUUUAAAAUUGUUGAGAAAGUAAAAGAGGACUUAGUAAAAGUUAGUGAGAUACUGAAAAAGGAUGUGUGUUUAGAAAAUAAAGCAUCAACCAAGCUAUCCAAACAUGAUAAAGGACACUCUUCUGAGGAUGAAUGGGUAGAGUUCAGUGCAGAUGAGAUUGAUGAAGCCAGACGGCAAGGCAUGAUAUGUCCUCCGUUAUCUAUUCCAGAAAAGGUGCAAAUUAAAGCAAAGGCUGUAUCUGAAAAGGAUUAUAACUUGACUAAAGUCAUUGAUUAUUUGACAAAUGACAUUGGUAGUAGCUCGCUGGCAAGCUUAAAGUACAAGUUUGAAGAGGGGAAAAGAGAAGGUGAAGAGAGACAAAAAAGAGUAUUAAAACCAGCCAUCGCAUUGCAAGAGCAUAAGCUUAAAAUGCCUCCAGCCUCCAUGAGGCCUUCUACUUCAGAAAAAGAGUUAUGCAAAAUUGCGGAUUCCUUUUUCGGAACUGAUACCAUUCUGGAGUCUCCAGAUGACUUUUCCCAACAUGAUCAAGACAAAAGUCCUUUAUCUGAUAGUGGCUUUGAAACAAGAAGUGAGAAAACUCCGUCAGCCCCUCAAAGUGCAGAGAGCACAGGGCCAAAACCACUGUUCCAUGAUGUACCCAUCCCUCCUGUCAUCACAGAGACGAGAACUGAGGUGGUCCACGUGAUCCGUAGCUAUGAGCCUUCAUCAGAAGGGGUCCCCGAACCACAAAUUGAAGAGUUGCCAUCAACAAAACCGGCACCCACUUUUAUGGAGCUGGAACCCAGGCCAAACGGAGGAUCUAUCAAAGAAAAAGUGAAAGCCUUCCAAGUGAAGGAAGAUGACGACCACAGAUGUGUUCUCGGUAAAGGUGUCCGCGUGAAAGAAGAAACUCAUAUAACUACCACAACCAGAAUGGUUUACCAUAAGCCUCCAAGUACUGAGAGUUCUUCAGAAAGAAUUGAGGAAACCAUGUCUGUUCAUGAUAUAAUGAAAGCUUUUCAGUCAGGACGUGACCCUUCCAAAGAACUGGCAGGUCUGUUUGAACAUAAGUCUUCGGUAACCCCAGAUGCUAGCAAGUCUACUGAAAUUUCACCCCAACAUACAGAGAAGGACAGCAAAAUGAAACCCAAACUGGAGCGUAUAAUAGAGGUCCAUAUCGAAAAAGGUAAUCAGGCUGAACCUACUGAAGUCAUUAUUAGAGAAACAAAAAAGCAUCCCGAGAAAGAAAUGUAUGUUUAUCAGAAAGACUUGCCUCAAGGUGAUUUGGAGAAACAGGAUGUUCUUCCUUGUUCAGAGGAGCAAGGUCAGCAAGAAGAAGAAGAACUUACAGCAGAAGAAUCCCUUCCUUCUUAUCUGGAAUCUUCUAGAGUAAAUACUCCUGUGUCUCAGGAAGAAGACAGUCGCCCUAGUUCUGCCCAACUUAUGUCUGAUGACUCGUACAAAACACUGAAGCUUUUGAGUCAACAUUCAGUAGAGUACCAUGAUGAUGAGUUGUCAGAACUAAGAGGGGAGUCCUACAGGUUUGCUGAGAAAAUGCUUCUCUCAGAAAAGCUAGAUGUGUCUCACUCGGACACUGAGGAGUCAGUUACUGACCAUGUUCUACCCCUUAGCUCAGACUCACAGGGGCCUGAUAAACGAUGCAGAGAAACAGUAGCCACAGUCCCCCCAAAAGAAAUCCUCACCAAAAUCUCUAAAGAUAUCUCAGAAAAUGGUGUAGGUAAAAUGUCCAGAGAGGACAAUUAUGAUAAAGUGACAGUGUUGCAUUAUACCGGAGAUGUUAGUAGCCCAAAGCACGCUAUGUGGAUGCGCUUUACUGAGAACAGAUUAGACAGAGGUAGAGAAAAGUUGAUGUAUGAAGACAGGGUGGACAGGACUGUUAAGGAGGCAGAAGAAAAGCUGACAGAAGUCUCCCAGUUCUUCCGGGACAAAACAGAGAAGCUGAACGAUGAACUGCGAUCUCCGGAGAAAAAGCAGCAGAAGAGAAAUGGGAAAGAAGCUCAUUCUGGCCAUAGUUCGGCUAGCAGCAGCCCUGAGAAGGGGACUGUUUCUGACCUACAGAGUUCCAAGGACGAUUGGACCAGAGGAGGGUCCUAUGGCCAUGACGGAAAGUGCUUCCCCAAAGCUGAUGAAAGGAAAGCAGCCAGUUUGCCUAGUAGCCCUGAGAAAAGGGCCCUCGCCCAGCAGACUGAGGAGGGCAAGCAGUUGAUGGAUCACAAAGGAAUGGCUCAGAAGAGCAGGGCAGCUGAGGCUUUGCCGACUGGAUUUCAGCUGAAGCAGUCCAAACUCAGUUCUAUUAGGCUGAAGUUUGAGCAGAGCAUCGGCUCCAAGAGUAAGGAGCCGCUUCAGGAGGACAAAAAGCAGGACACUCCAUCAAAAAUCCCAGUGAAAAAGCUGCAGGACAGCAAGCUCCCAGUCUACCAGUUUUACACCCGAGAAAAGCAGGCAAAAGAAGUAGACCUUGCAGAUGGGCUACAGAGGGAGCCUUCUGCUGCCAAACCCAAAGAGGGCACCCAGGGUAGGGGCGAAGCUGCAGAAGAUGUUGUUUCUUCCGAUUUACUGAAACACAGAAGUGAAGUGCCAAGUAAGAAGGUGCCAGAUGGUUUUGUAGAGCAGAAGGUGAAAGGGUUGGCAUCCAGCACAAGCACAGAUGUUGCACCAACCAAGGGACAUUGGGAUAAAAAGAUCUAUAGAACAUGGGAAAGCCCUGGAACGUCUGCCCCUAAAACACAAAAGGAAAAACUUUCCCAUGUGCUCGUUCAGGAUGUCGUGACAGAAAAUCACAUGGACCACUCUGAGACUAAAGAGAUGGACAAAGCCAAUGAAUUCAUCACUCUCACAGAGCAUGAGCACAAAGUAUCAACAAAUGGAUCCUGUUCGAAGGAAGUAAAGGAAGUGACUGUGAAAUCUCCAUCCAAAAAGGUCCUUUAUAGAGAAUUUCUCGUCCGAGAAGAGGAAUACCCCAGUGAAAUGAUAGAUAAAACUUCAAAGAAAAAAGAACCUUUGACUAUAUCGCACAUUCCGAUCAGAAUUUCGGAAGAGAAACGAAUGUUGUCUGCUAGCAUGCUGGAUGGAGCUCACGAGCAGCCAAAGAGCGCAGCCCUUGAACUGUCAUCCAAAGUGUCCCAUGCCCAUAUGGCCAAGGAAAAAGUGGAGAGACUUUUUGAUUAUGCAAAGCACGAUAAAAAUAAGUAUUCAGAAUUCGGUCCAGCAAGCAGCAAGCAACAAAGCUGCAUCAAAUUAAGCCCUCCCAUGGAGGAUGCAGAGGUAUCCCCUAGUAAAUCACCCGAUUCUUUAGAAAUUAGCCCCAGAAAGGAGUCUCCCUCAAGAGACUUUGACUCCACUCAAGGUGAUAAUUUGGUGCAAUCCACCCCUUCGGCAACAGCUGAGGGAGCAAGAGAGGUCAAAACCUUGCCUGUUUAUGUCAGUUUUGUUCAAGUAGGAAGGCAGUAUGAAAGGGAGGUGCAGCAAGGAAGUAUUAAAAAAGUUAUAAGUCAGGAAAGUAAGACUGUGCAAGAGACAAGAGGGAGCUUUUAUACCAGUAAACCGCAGAAACAGCUUCCUUCUCCACAAGGUAGUCCAGAAGAUGACACGUUAGAACAGGUGUCCUUUAUAGAUAGCUCUGGGAAAAGCCCAUUAACACCUGAGACGCCCAGCUCAGAAGAAGUGAGUUACGAGUUCACAUCUAAAACGCCUGAUUCACUAAUAGCCUACAUACCAGGCAAACCCAGUCCUAUCCCUGAGGUUUCUGAGGAGUCAGAGGAGGAAGCGGAGGCUAAAUCAGCCUCUAUAAAACAGGACACUGUUGAGUCACCGAAAAUUGUGUUCUCCAGUAAUCUAGACAGAGAUUCUAAUAAAAGGCCAAAAGGGAACAGGGUUGCCUACAUUGAGUUCCCACCUCCUCCUCCAUUAGAUGCUGAUCAACCAGAAUCAGAAAAGCAUCGCCGCUCCUCUGAGAGUGAAAUGGAGAUGAUAGAAGUGAAUCUACAGGAUGAGCAUGACAAAUGCCAACUGGCUGAACCAGUCAUAAGAGUGCAGCCACCUUCUCCUGUGCCACCCGGGGAAGAUAUCAGUGACUCUAGCGAUGAUGAAUCCCUGUAUCAACCCAUUCCAAUAAAAAGGUACAUGUUUAAGUUAAACGACAUUGAAGAUGACCAGAAAGAAGGCUCCAAGCAUAAAUCAGCUGGAAAGAAAGAAAGUGGGAAGCCCAGUGAAUUUGAUCUUGGCCUUGAUUCUCCUCAGAACGAUAUUGCGCAAAAUGGGAACAAUGACCAGUCUGUCACAGAGUGUUCCAUAGCGACCACUGCAGAGUUCUCCCAUGACACCGACGCAACUGAGAUUGAUUCUCUUGAUGGGUACGAUCUACAAGAUGAAGACGAUGGGUUGACUGAGAGCGAUUCCAAACUUGCAGGUCCAGCAGUAGAAACCAAGAAAGACAUAUGGGCUACAGAAGGCAUUUUGAAACAGACUGACCGGUGCUUUAGCCAAAGCAAGCUGGAAGUCAUUGAGGAGGAGGAGAAAAUCACCACCGAAGAAAGCAAGCCAUUAUCUAAAUGUCCAUCCUCUGAAAAAAGUAUUGAUAAGACUGAGCAAAAGUCAGGGGCACAGUUUUUCACUUUGGAAGGCAGGCACCCUGACAGGACUGUGUUUCCUGAUACCUAUUUCAGUUACAAAGUAGAUGAAGAGUUUGCAACCCCUUUUAAGACAGUCGCCACUAAGAGUCUAGAUUUUGACCCUUGGCCCAACAGUCGUGGCGACGAUGAAGUUUUUGAGGCCAAGUCCAGGGACGAUGAGGCAAAGCCUUUUGGCCUUGCCGUAGAAGACAAAUCUCAAGCUACAACCCCAGAUACGACUCCAGCCAGAACUCCAACUGAUGAAAGUACUCCAACUAGCGAGCCCAACCCCUUCCCGUUUCACGAAGGGAAGAUGUUUGAGAUGACUCGCAGUGGCGCAAUUGACAUGAGCAAGAGGGAUUUUGUUGAAGAAAGACUCCAAUUUUUCCAGAUUGGUGAGCAUACUUCUGAAGGGAAGUCAGGGGACAAGGGGGAAGGGGAUAAAAAUAAAGUCACUGCCAUCACACAGCCACAGUCAGGGGACAAAACUGUAGAGAAAACCGUAGAGACAGAAGUAGAAACACCAGCAGUUGAACAGAACCUCAUCAUCCAGGCCAGUGGAGAGAGCAUGGAAGCAACACUGGGUAGCGUCUCACUGGAGAAAUCAUCAACGACUGUUAAUGCUUCUAAAGUUGAUCCCAAAUUGCGCACACCUAUUAAAAUGGGGAUUUCUGCUUCCACCAUGACGCUGAAGAAAGAUGUCUCUGGAGAAGUGACAGAUAAGCUAGAGGCUGUGACACCAGGUGUUCAGGGGUUAGACUAUGAAGCCAUAGAGGAGGUUACGAGUCCAGCUGUACUUAGCCAGACAAGCAGUAGGGAAACUGAAAAACAUGAUUUCCAGAAAGAUAAUUUUAAUAACAACAACAAUUUGGAUCCAUCCACUAUAGCUACUAAUAGUGUUACUUGUAAAGUAGUGCUAAAGGAACAUGUUGAGCCCAAGUGUCCCUCACAGAAAGCUAAUCAAAUGAAAAGCACUGCAGGAAAUGGUACAGGGGCAACGCAAGGACACUGUAAGCAAAAAACACAUGGAGAACAGCAGAAGUCAUCAGAGCCAGUAGGGAACAGAGCACGAUCCAAACUUCCCAUAAAAGCCACCUCAGCAAAAGAAGCCAUUCCACAUAGCAGUAGCCAGGCCUGUCGAGUGAGUAAAGUCAGACAAGACAGUAAAGUUGACAAAAGAAAACCGAGCAGCUCUACUCCUCAUGUAGAAGUAAGGUCUAAGAUUCCUGUAAAAAACACACAGAGGCUUACCGUAGGCGUAGUCAGAAAAACACCAGCGGCUCAAAACCAAGAGCAGCUAGAGAGAAGCAAAGCCAAAACGCUUCCGUCUAGAUUACCAUUAAAGGUAAGAUCUACCACCAUCUCCACCAGCACCAGCACCACAGUUCAAGUAAAGCAAAGUCAGCUCAGGGAGGUAUGUAAACAUUCUAUUGAAUAUUUUAAGGGAAUUAGCGGUGAGGCUUUAAAGCUUGCGGACCGCCUCUCCGACGAAGACAAAAAGAUGCAGUCUGAGGUGUCCGAUGACGAGGAUGAAGAAGACAGUACGUCAAGAAACACAUCUUUGUCCGAAGCCACUCAAGUUUUCCAGCCCUCCAUUACUUCGAAGCCCGCUAGAGAUAUGAGAACAGAGGCAGCAUCUUUAAAAACAAAGAUUGAAAAGUCCGACAGUGAGAGGAGGAGGAGUAAGAGAAGGACUGGUCCGCAGAGUCCAUGCGAACGAACAGAUAUAAGGAUGGCCAUAGUGGCGGAUCACCUGGGACUUAGCUGGACAGAACUGGCCAGAGAACUGAAUUUUUCUGUUGAUGAAAUUAAUCAAAUCCGGGUGGAAAACCCAAACUCUUUGAUAGCUCAGAGCUUCAUGCUGUUAAAGAAAUGGGUUUCCAGAGAUGGAAAAAAUGCUACAACUGAUGCCUUAACCUCUGUAUUGACAAAAAUCAAUCGGAUUGACAUUGUAACUUUGUUGGAAGGACCAAUAUUUGAUUAUGGAAACAUUUCAGGCACCAGAAGCUUUGCAGAUGAAAAUAAUAUUUUUCAUGAUCCUGUUGAUGGUUAUCCUACCAUUCAAGUGGAACUGGAAACUCCCACUGGGUUGCGCUUCGUGCCAACCACACAUUCCCAUCAAGAGGAUGUCUUUAGUGAUUUCUCUAGUAUAGAGUCACCCUUUAGAACUCCCAGUAGACUGAGUGAUGUGUUAGUAACUUCACAGGGAAUCAUAGAUGAUACAGCAGCUGGACCUCCAGUGGUGACUGAAGAAGACACUUCACUGGAAGACGGCAAACAUGAUUUCUCAGUGCCUAGAGAAGCAACAUCUAAAGAUGCAGGCCAGAUCCGGUUGGAGGAAAUGGACCUUAACGAUUAUCCGCGAUACCUUGGCAGUUACGCCGGGGUACCAAAACAAGAGCUAAGUGAAGAGACUAGUCCAACCUUAGUGAGAAGUGAACAGCGUAAGAGAGAAAAGUCUGGUUCUGAUGAGGAGCUGACGGAAGAAAAGCUUAAAUCUCUGUUUGAAGAUAUCCACCUAGAAGAAGCAGUUGAGUCUGAGGAGAUGACGGAAGAAAAAGUCUUGUCUAUUCUUAAGUAUGUGCAGCAGGCAGAACAGGAACUGUCUUCAAUUACAGGUUGGCAGAGUGAGGCCUCCAGUGGCAAUGUGGAACCACCAACGCCAGGACGCAGAAUAACUGGGGAAUUGCUGGAUCGACUAGAUGACAGCCCUGACCAAUGUAGAGAUUCCAUUACCUCAUAUCUCAAAGGAGAAGCAGGAAAACUGGAAAGCAAUGGAAGCUACUCUGAAUCGACAAUGCAAGCAAAGACUAAGCCAGUCGCUCAGGAGUCCGUGAACAGUCUAGGGAAGCAGAGCGACAAGGAAACUACAAAACCAAAAAUGCAAAGUUCAGCCCGAACUGAGCAGCAAACACUCGCACUAACUUCGCAUCAGAAAUUGUUGCUGGAGGCGAGCAAGCCAGCAGCUGAUGCACUGAAAACGUCUGUGCCUGUCAGUGUGAAAAAGAUGAGCUGGAAUACGACCGAGGACAGCAAGCUGAGACAAAGAGCCCAGGAAGAGGAGGGAGCGGCGGCAGCUGAACAAAAGCAGGGAGAAGGGUAUAAAGUGAAGAUGAAAAAGGAAAUCCGGCAUGUGGAGAAGACGACAUAUUCAUAACAGCCAAACAGCAAACGACUGUGUAUGCUUUUACUGCCAGUAUUCUAGAAAGAAACUCAGCAAAGAGAGAAACCAACAGGAAUUACCAAGUUGCUGAUAAAAACGUGUGUGUGUGUGUGUUUGCUGCUUCCACACAUUAACCGCAUGGUUUUCAUGUGAAGAACAAAACAAAAACAAAUUUAAUUUAGCAUGAGCCAGUUCUACAAGAGCAUGGACAUUCACUUUCAUUUACGGCACUGGAAGGUGUGCAGUGAGGAAUGGUUCAGUGUGAACACACGAUGCCACACUGGCGCGGCUUCGUUCAAGCGACGUGAUGCCACUGGAAACGAAGAAGAGUUCCUGUGGUGAGAGAGGAUACACCAACACUGAAACAUGGUACAAAACACAGAAAGACACUAAAAUUUACUAAAAUCCACAACAGCUCGCCUUAUUUUUCUUGGACCCAAACUGUCAGGGUAAUAAAAACACUCUUUUCUUUUUUUAAAAAACAAACAAACCCUAACAUCGAUAGUUCCACUGUAUAUAACGCUGUAUAAAUUCUAAGGAGAAGUAGAAUGACCAUCCCUAAGGCACUGCCUCUUAGCUCCCAAACGGAAUAUUGCAUUCACGUUGAACAGAAAUCAGUGUCUCAAACGACUACACCUGCAGGGGGAUUCUGGGUGUAUCUUCACAGAUUGUUGUAUAUUUAGCAAUUAUGAUGUUUGUAUAUGCAAAAACGCUAGCUUGAUUUUAAAAAAAUCUUUAAAAUCUGCUGCAAUUUAAUGAUUCCUGAGAUGAGGAAUUCUGUAGUUCUGUGAAAAAAUUUUUUUUCCUUCAGAGUACUAAUAUUUUGAUGCAUGCGUUUCACCUUAUUUUGAUGAAACCUUUUCCAGUUUUGCAAACACUAGACCGCAACAUGACAAAUGAGACCCUGGGGGUGAAAUCCACCAAGCACAGCUGCUACGGGGCCCCCGCUGGUUUGCGCAGGGCAGGCGGCAGGCUCUGGCACAAGCACCAUUGAAAAGAGGGGGCAGUUGGCGGCAGCAGCCGUGCCUGGCAGAGCAGGCCCUUUACCUGUAAACACAACGCCCUUCAUCUAAUAUUUGUUGCUGUUGCCAAUUUUUUUUCAAUGGAAAUGACCUAAACUUUAAAGAAAGCAUAACAUAUACAGUAGUUGUGCAUUAGGGGAGGGGGGGUACUAUCUGAUCUUGCUUUAUACCGGGGGGAAAUGCUUGCAGCUUUUAGAAGCAGGUUGGUGCUCUUGUAAGCACAAGUUUGGGAUAUUAAAAUUAAAAAAAAAAAGAAAUGAAGAGAAAUUCUUAGCUAACAGACUGGCAGCACGCUGUAAAAAUAUUACUGUAUUGUGUACUGGCUCUAAGAUGUAGAAUCUUUCAGUAAGCCAAUCAUCUGUAAUCCAUCCUAGCUGUGUAAUAUUAGGUUGCUAAGGCUGCUGUGUUUUAAAGGGCAUUUUUAUUUGGGUUCUUGGUGGAAUACUUUUAGUUUGUUGAUUAUCUUCAUAUGAAAACAGGAUUCAUUGAUAAUAGCUCUAAUUACAUAUGUAUGAAGAAAAAAACACAAACACUGGAUGAUCUAGUUGAUUAUUUCAGCAUAAAAUAAAUUGUGUUAAAACUCUUCA